AUGUUUGCUGAGGGCCAGGAAGGGGCCCCGGAGAGUGUGGGUGAGUCUGACGGAGUUCAGGACAAGGAGAAGGCCCGGCAGGAGAACUGGGAGCUCGGGCAGCCCGGGUGCCUUCUGAGCCCGGCACAGGCCUGGUCUGGGGUCUCUGUGCUUGUGGGCAGCGUGCAGCUGCCUUCUCCCACCCGGUGGGGGCUUCAGCACCUGCACGGCGGCCCCAAGGACGCGGCUCAGAAUCUUAACUGUCGCCUUCGAGGAGGAACUAAAGAUGAAAAGCCAGGUGGAGACACGAGUGGGGUCCCCUCUGGCGGCGCCUCCCGGGUCCUGCUCGGUUCCACAGGGAGAAAUGGAAAUCCAGGAAUUCGGUUCUGUGGCAGAAAUGCUUCAGCUGUACCCACGUUUUAUUCUUCCCUGAGCACCGCGAUCAUCAUUUUCAAGUCUGAAGUUUUCAACACAGACUCUAGAGUGGGUUUUACCUACCGGAUUGCAGGCUGCAGCCGCGAGUACCAGAAGGCGUUCGGCCGCCUCCGGAGCCCCGGCUGGCCGGCCGGCUACGCCAGCAACGUGGACUGCGCCGUCGUCCUCAGGGCCCCCCAAAACCACACCAUCUCCCUUUUCUUCCACGCCUUCGGCCUCGAGGACUCCGGCGGAUGCACGCGGGACUUCUUGGAGGUAAGAAAUGGAAGCGAGAGCACUUCGCCACUGCUUGGCAAGUACUGUGGGACUCUGCUGCCAAAUCCCAUUUUCUCUCAGAGUCGUGACCUGUACCUGCGGUUUAAGAGCGAUAGUGCAACUUCGGGUCGUGGCUAUGAAAUCAUCUGGACCUCAUCACCCUCUGGCUGUGGCGGGACUCUUUAUGGAGACAGCGGCUUGGUCACCAGCCCUGGCUAUCCCAGCACUUACCCCAACCACACUCACUGCGAAUGGGCCAUCAUUGCUCCUGGUGGAAGACCUGUCACUGUCAGCUUUUCCUUUAUCAACAUUGACGACCCCGGAGAGUGUGUCCAGAACUACCUCAUGCUCUAUGAUGGACCUGAUGCGAAUUCUCCAUCCUCUGGACCGUACUGUGGCGCAGACAUGGAUGUAGCUCCCUUCGCGGCCUCCUCCCAUCGGGUCUUCAUCAGGUUUCACGCCGAGGCGGCGGCCAGCUGUCCGCCUGGGGCUGCCCUGGUUCCUCCUUCAGGGGCCCGGCCCUCGGACCUCAGGCUGGACAGAAUUCUGCCGCCCUGAUCCCUGACCCCUAGCCUGUGCCACGGAGAAGACGCUGAACGUGUAUGCUGUUCAUCAAAGUUGGGGAAUCAGUGUUUGUAUGUACUUUUUGAACGUGGGAUGUAGCUUCUUUAGUCUCAUACUUUGAGCCAGAAUUGUCUAAAACCCCUUUAAGAGUUGGAAAUGAGUAUAGUCCAUGUGAUGUACAUUU